AUGCCCGAUCAGCUUUCUGAAGGCAUGGAUGAAGAGGAAGAGGACAAAGAAGGGCUGAUGGUAGCGGGUCUUGGCGAGAAAGUGCAAUUAUUCAACUGUUUCGUAAACGGUUACAUCGAUCGAAAGUUAGACCAAGGGACCCAUUUUCCCGUUUCCAAGAAAUUACUGGCUUUGGCAGAACCUGACGUUUUGUGCCUUUUGAUUCAAGGUAUAAUCAAGCUCUUUUCAAGCAUUAUUUCUGACUAUCAAUACCUUUAUGCCAGUGACGGUGCUUUGCCAACUAAGUUCUACCAUCAAGUCUCUUUCUUUUUGUUAAAAUUGAUCAAGUUCCUUGAAAACUUCGAUCAAAACCUAGAUUAUGAAGUACAAGAAAGGGCGUUGUCUUGGUUAGAAUUUUUGAAAAUCUGUAUGGAUGCAUUGCAUGAGACAGCAAAAGAAGGGAUGAAACAAUUAGAGGAUGAUGAGUUAAAAUAUUAUAAGGAACUUUUCCAAAGAAACACAAACGACAAUAGCAACUCUUUAAGCCAGGGUAGUGACACGGAGAGCUCUUCAGAUGAGGAUAUGUUGGAGCUCGAAAGUGAUGGGACAUCCGAAGAAGAAAAUGAUGAUGACGAAGAUUUGCCUGAAAGUAAAACUUCAAAAGGUGAAGAAUAUUCGGAGGAUCCUGCAACAGGAAUCGCUAAUGAGCCAACCUCUGAGGAGAAUAAGGAGCUACCCCAACUUUUGACUCAGAUUUUACCUUCGUUCUUUAAAUCGUAUGAACUUAACCCUGUAUCCAAUACAGCGCAGAAGCGUAUUGCUCUUCCAGAUGAUUUGGAUUUGGAAACAUCAAUUAGCGAGCCUCCUGAAUACUGCUUGAUUGAUAGUGACUCCUCCAGUGAAGAAGAACUCGAGGAGCCUGAGGAACGGAAUGAGAAAGAUCCUAAUUCGGACGAAGCAGCGAAAGAGAGAAUAGAGCGCUUAAAGGAUGACCCCUACUACAUCACAACCGGAACUAAAAAGAAGCUGCGCAAUGCAAAGCAAAGCUUGCUUGAUUUUGAGGAGAUAGGAGCAACUGUUGACAAACAGAAUGAAAGUAGCUCGACAUCAUUGAAGGAAGAAGCUAAAGGGAAAAGUAAAUCGAAGAGCAAGAAAUUAAAGAAAGAAAAGGUUGUUAUUUUGAGAGAAGAAACCAUAGACGGGGCAGAGGACAUCGUGGAGGAAGCUGCGAAAGAAAAGAAAAAGAAGAAGCCCUUAUUUUCGAAUGCUAUAAGUCUCGAGAACUUCAGUUUGGACUCUUUAAGUCUCGGACAGAAGGAGGAGAUGCAAGGUUACGAAUAUGACAUUGACUUGGAGGCAUUGAGAAGUCGUUUGGCUGAAAAAGAUCUGAAGAAAGCACGUAAGGAUAAAAAGAAAAAAGUAAAAAAGUCAGACAAACCUCAUUCAAGGGAAAAGCAGAUCGCAAAGGAGGAAUUAUCAACGUCAAAACAAAAUGACGAGGUAUCCAAAUCUUCAGAGCAACGUGAACAAACCCCAGUGGUUCCAGAGGUUACGGAAGUGAAAACGACAAAGAAGAAGAAAAAAAAGAAGGCAGUAAUUCUUGAUUGA